AUGACGCCACCGCCUGACGGUUGCCUCCACGUCAUCCUCGGCCAGGCCAUAGGUUGCCAAGACCUCGACCCUGGUCAGCACGUGCCAGGCACGCUGCUCUCCGUCUGGGGUCCGCGGCCAAACGCUGGCCCCAGGCAAUCGGUGAGGUCUGCCGAGGUGGGCUCCCGCAGCCUGGAGGGCGUCCACCCGUCCGCGAGCCGCGCCCUCUGGCUCUGCAACGUGGUUGUGGUUGCCCCGUGCCACACGCCCGGCAGUGCCCAGGCGGUGGCCUCGGCAGCCCUGAGCUGGUCUGAAGUUGCCCCGGUUGUCGCAACCCUUGGUGCUUGCGUCGGCCAGGAUCCCGUGGAGGUACCCCGGCAAGUGGUGCUCCCCGCGUCGGCAUCGGCGUUCGUGGCGUGGGCGAGGUAUUCGGUGACUGUGUACCAUGCCGUCGGAAGCACGCCAGAUUGCUUCUUGGACGAGGAGGGCAGCCAGGAGAGCCCCACGGCCGACGACAUCAAGGAGAUCCUGAGCGCCGGGGGCAUCGACUAUGAGGACACGGACGAAAUGUUGAGCAGGUUGAUGAGCCGCAUGGAAGGCAAGAAGGUGCACGAGCUCAUCGCAGAGGGAUCCAAGAAGUUUGCCGCGUGCGGCGGCGGUGGCGGCGGCGGCGGAGGUGGCGGCGGCGCUGCGGCUGCAGGCGCAACCGCAGGCGGCGAUUCCGGCGCAGCGAAGGAGGAGAAGAAGGUCGAGGAGGAGGAGGAAGAAGAGGACGUGGACUUCGACCUGUUCGGUUGA